UUACGCGGGAACGAGCAUCCGAUGCCUCCACUCCGGAAGUCCUUCCGGAAGUCCAAACUCUUCAUUCCAUCCUCCCUUCAUCCCCAUACCCAAAGCAAAGGAGAAGGGGGCAGAAAAAAAAAAAAGCGCCAAGGAAGCAAGCAAGAAAGAAACUUUCAGAUUGGGCGGGAGAUUUUGGCGAUUUCGACGAGGUAGAAGAAGGGGUUCUGGAGUUCUGUGAGGAAUUGGAAGGGCAUUGGUGGAAUGGGUUUCGUGAGCACGGUGCUCGGUUUCUGCGGAUUUGGCGCGGGGUUUUCGGUUGGCAUCGUGAUUGGAUACUAUCUGUUCAUCUACUUCCAGCCCACUGAUGUUAAGGAUCCUAAAAUUCGUCCUCUUAUUGAACAUGAUUCAAAAUCUUUGGAACGUAUGCUUCCUGAGAUUCCUUUAUGGGUGAAAAAUCCGGACUAUGAUCGAGUUGAUUGGCUAAACAGGUUUCUAGAAUCGAUGUGGCCUUAUCUGGAUAAGGCAAUCUGCAGAACAGCAAAGGAAAUUGCAAAACCAAUAAUUGCUGAGAAUAUUCCAAAGUAUAAAAUUGACUCUGUUGAAUUUGAAACAUUUACCCUUGGUUCCCUACCACCAACUUUUCAAGGAAUAAAAGUGCACAUUACAGCGGAGAAGGAAUUGAUUGUGGAACCAUCACUGAAAUGGGCUGGAAACCCUAAUGUCACUGUUCUGGUUAAAGCAUUUGGCUUAAAAGCAAGUAUACAGGUGGUUGAUUUGCAAAUCUUUGCUUCACCACGUAUAACUUUAAAGCCAUUGGUCCCUAGCUUUCCUUGUUUUGCAAAAAUCCUUGUCUCUCUCAUGGAGAAGCCACAUGUUGACUUUGGACUAAAACUUAUUGGGGCGGAUCUUAUGGCGAUUCCUGGCCUUUACAGAUUUGUCCAGGAGACGAUCAAGAACCAAGUUGCAAAUAUGUAUAUGUGGCCUAGAAGAUUGGAAGUUCCAAUUAUGGACCCUUCAAAAGCUGAAAAGAGGCCUGUUGGAAUUCUAUAUGUGAAGGUUGUCAGGGCUCAUAGUCUGAGAAGAAAAGAUAUCUUGGGUAAAUCUGACCCAUAUGUGAAACUUAGGCUAACAGAAGAAAAACUUCCAUCAAAGAAAACUACAGUGAAGCACGCUAACCUUAAUCCAGAAUGGAAUGAAGAAUUCAAGUUGGUUGUCAAAGAUCCAGAAACGCAAGCUUUGGAGCUUAUUGUUUAUGACUGGGAACAGGUCGGGAAACAUGAAAAAAUGGGCAUGAAUGUUAUUCAGUUAAAUGAGCUUACCCCAGGUGAACCAAAAUCUUUGACACUUGACUUGCUCAAAACAAUGGAUCCUAGCGAUGUUCAAAAUGGGAAGUCACGUGGACAGAUUGUUUUGGAAGUGACAUACAAGCCCUUUAGGGAAGCGGAUCUACCGAAAGUUAUCAGUAUGGAUGUUGUGCAAGAGGCACCUCUUGGUACUCCAGCUGGUGGUGGUUUGCUUGUUGUUAUAGUUCAUGAAGCUCAAGAUCUUGAGGGAAAGCACCAUACAAACCCGUAUGUGCGGAUCAUGUUUAGAGGAGAGGAGAAGAAGACUAAGCACAGAAAGAAAAGCAGAGAUCCACGAUGGGAAGAGGAGUUUCAGUUUGUAUGCGAGGAGCCACCAAUUCAUGAUAAAAUGCAUGUAGAGGUAUUAAGUAGGCCACCAAGCAUUGGCAUACACUCCAAGGAAAGUUUGGGUUAUGUCACUAUUAGCCUUGCAGAUGUUGUGAGCAACAGGCGAAUCAAUGAAAAAUAUCAUCUCAUUGACUCCAAACAUGGUUUGAUUCAAAUUGAGCUGCAGUGGAGAACUUAUAAUGUUUCUUAAUGGAGAAUUUUAAGCGCUGGCAUCCUAUAUCCAGAAAAUAUGAGAAAAUAUUUCUGCUUGUGUGCAUUACGUGGUAUAAUAUUAGGAAGAUGAAAUCCUGUAGAUAUUGAACUAAAGAAUCUCUUUUUUACCCAGUUUUUCUUAGAUUUAAUGUGUUUAUGGAUAUAGAUUUUGCUGAUUAAUAAAUUCAAAUUU